AUGCAUGUUCCACACCUCCAUCAAGCGGUCAUCCUUGGUAUAGUGUUUUAUGCCGUAAUCUCUGUUGCUGUACCCGUACCCUGGCCAGUAGAUGUUGUUAGUGAAGCAGUUGGCAUUGCUAAGGUCGACGCGGAAGCCCAGCAAGGCCAUGCCGCCAAGAGGCGCGGCAUUGAUGAUAACAUUGGUGAUGUACUAAAGAGGGGUGGCUCAGCAGGUCAUAGUAUCAAGGGUAGCGACUCUGUCUCUGGCAAUGGUGGAAAAGUGACAUUCGAUGUCAAGGGCAAUGUCGAAGGCGGAGUUUUUGGUGGAUUUAAGCAGGGAGACCUUAAUGUUGGAGGCGGCGACAAGGUCAAUAAGAAGAACGCCAACAAGGCCCUCCUCAAGCUCAGCAACGAGGGAAGCAACACGCAAAACAAGAAGAGUGGUACUAGUAAGAAGGGGAGUAAGAAACCCAACUAA